CAGUAUUGCCAGGCGCAAUCCAGAAUCCAUAACAACCUCGAAGAAGAGCAUCAAAGAUUUAUUUCUUUAGCGUUCUAAAAAUAUGUUCUCCUUUAAAACUGUAUUCUAAGAGGAUUGCUACCGUUUUACACCUUUGAAACCUUAGCACCAUGGACGAACGGGCGUUAGAUCCUAAUGCAGGAGAUGUUGGGACAGAGACAUGUUUGGGAGCCACUGGAGGAUCAUCUGGUUCCCGUUUGGACUCGCAGCUGGCCGAUGCUGUUCGAUUAAAGGCGGAGGGUAAUGCUUUUUACCGGGAGAAGAAACUGCGCGCCGCCAUCGGACGUUAUCACCGAGCUUUGCUUGUUCUCCGUGGCAUGGACUCCGAGGUUAACUCUGGCCUUGAAGGGUUUGGCGCUCAGAUACCUAAACUGAACCCAGAACAGGAGCAGCUGCUGAGGACCACUCAAGUAGAUUGCUAUAACAAUUUAGCAGCGUGUUUGCUACAGCGUGAGGUGGUGGACUAUGCUCGUGUAUUAGAGUACAGUCUGAAGGUGCUCCAGUGGAGGCCAGGUAACGUUAAGGCCCUGUACAGAGCUGGGGUGGCAUCAUUAGAACUAGGUGACGUUCAGACCUCUCGACAGUACCUCUUACAAGCCAGCAGAGGGACGCCCAAUGAUGCCAACAUUAAGAAACAGCUUCAGCGAGUGGAGGAGAGACUGAGCAAAGACUAUCAGAAAGAAAAGGCGCUCUACAAAGGCAUGUUCAGUAAGCAGAAACAAGGGGAAGAGCCAUUGGCAGAUGAGAAGACCCAAAAACCUGUUUAAAUGGACUAUCAUACAUGACUCGACAGCACGCAUGUAAAAAAUGGCAAGUUAUAUCAACUUAAAUAGGGGCUGGAGUUUUCUUGAAGGAAAUUGGCUCAUAGGAAGUUUUGCCUUAGGACAUGGAAAAUUUGCCACAUAUGGCAUUUACUAGGAUUGAUGCUGUCAUGCCAGGGCUAAAUGUGCGAGCGAAAUCUGGUGCAAAAGUGGCAGCUUGAAAGACAAUUUUGUGCACUAAAAAUGCAUUUUAGUCUCUUGAUUGGUAUUGCAUUUGACUAAUCUGCUGUCAAGCCGUUUCUGUCUAUUGUUUAUGCAUCUGUUUUUC